UAAUAUCUGUCAUUUGUUUAAAAUGAUUCCACAGAAUACCUAUCUGCCACUAAAAGAUAAGUAAUAUUGUCAAAGAAAUGAUUUACAAAAAAUAUCGUUUAUUUUGAAAAUAAGCGUUCAAAAUCAUCAUGGGUGGUUACUUGUCAUCAAUAUUUUCAUUGUUCAGUAGAGAGCUAUCGAAACCUCCUCCGCAGCCUAUCAAGGGACCAUGGCCACGACUCAAAAAUAUAUUGCUAUAUCAUUUUAGAGGCAUAUUUGGGAUUUUAAUUCCGCUUAUCAUUUGUCUUGCGCUUUGGGGUGAGAAAGAUAAGUUCCAUACAACCGUGCAGGCGGUAUGGAUCAUGAUGUUCUGGUUCCUGCUGCUGCAUCCGGUGCAUGUUCCCGUAGUCGGGUUCCUGCCUGUGUUCAUGUUCCCUCUGACGGGCGUGCUCACCACUGAUGACGUCACUAACUGCUAUUUUAAUCAAAACAUUGCUCUUAUGAUCAUAGGAGGAAUGUUAAGUAUGCUUAUUAACAAUUCUGGCUUGGAUAAACGUAUAGCAUUGUUUAUUUUAACACGUAAGAAGCUGACUGGCAAAAUGUUGCUUUACAAAACUAGCUUGGCAGCUUUCCUUUUAUCAAUAGUUUGUCACAGACUUUUGGCUUGUGUUACUAUUUAUUCUUUAUUUGAAAAUGUUCCGGUUCCCAUAACAGGUACAGAUUCAGAUUAUUUGAAAACGCGCAAUGUCAUUAACAACGCAAUACAAACUAGUUCAAUAUUUGGUAGCAUUGUGAUGGUCCAUACAUCGUUUACAACUAUGGCAUUCAAAGCUAUGUAUUCAGAACUGGGUCCUCGUGAUGAUAUAUUCAACUAUUUACAACUCGUAGCAUUUACGCUGCCAGUAGCUAUUGUUCUACUUGUGUUGAAUACUAUUUACUACAGUCUACUUUUAAACAGAAACUCCGAGCCCGGAAUGAACGCCAUGCAAGAGGGUAUAGACUAUCAAAGACGCGAUCUUCCGGCAAUGUCGGGACAUGAAAAAUGCUCCGGUAUCUUCACAUUCGCAGCAAUCCUGUUGUUUUUCCUUCUUUAUUCUGAAUGGCUUGGAUAUUUGUACACACCAUCAGGAGUAAACGAUGUCACAAUAGCGGCUAUUUUUGUCUUCAUUCUUAGCAUGCUUCCAAAAGAGUUGUUUUUCUUCAAAUAUGUAACCGCGAAAGACAAAUCUGAUCUACCUCCCAGAAGGCCAACAUCAUCCUUGCUAUUUUGGAAGUUUGUUGAUCAGAACACCAAUUACGGAUACAUGUUUUUAAUAGGUUCCGGAGUAGUGCUUUAUCGUGCAAUUAGUAAAAGGGCACUGAAUACACGCAUACAGCAAAAUAUAGAGCCUCUUUUCGACACGGACUGGUACGUGGCGUCGCUGCAAGUUGUCCUGCUGGCGGGUUUGCUACCGAAUAUGAUAUCUAGCAUUGGAGCCUGCAUUCUGUUCCUGCCAAUGAUACUGAGUUUUGGAACCACAUCGACAUGGUCGAAUAAAAUACAUUUAGGUGCUCUCGGAGUCGGCAUAGCGUCGUCUUUUGGAUUUAUGCACCCCUUCAGGCACACACCAGCUUUCUACUGCCACAAUAAUGGGAAAACGCCGAUUAGGGAAAUGAGGCGCCUCGCCAUUGGGUCAGUGGUGAUAUCAAUAAUAGUUCUGUGGAUAGCUCUGUGUUUCUACGCGCCCGUGGUGUGGCCCAGCGAAGCUCCGUUUUACGGACCCGCAGUCAAUAUCACACAAAUUCCGCCACCUCCAGCUCCAGCCAGAUAGAUUAUAUUAAAAAUUAGUAUUCAAAUAAAAAGAUUUGUUGAUUACUAUGUAGGCACUUACUUACUUAAUUUCAUAAGAAUACAAUUUAGUUUUAUUCAUUUGUGAAUAUGUUUUCUUGCUGCUAUAUUAUGGUUAAUGAAUUAUUUAAGUGGAAGUUGUAGUUUUUCUUUGUAAACUUACGAAUGUAAUGUUCAAAA